AUGACAGUAGCUCAGGGUCCCUCUUUGGGCCGUGACGCCGUACACGGGUAUCAAAGGGCCCAUGGAACUCAAGAAGGCGCUUCAAGACCCAGGUGGUCGGGUGAGCGGACACCUCUUCUUCUCGUCGCUCAGAACAACCACUUUGCUGAAGAAAAGCCAAACCAAAUAAUACGCCGGUUCGGACAGUAUGGGAACACGCAGAAUCAGAUGAGACAACCAACGGGGAUCGCAGUGUCUCCAUAUACAGACGACAUUGUUGUGACUGAUUCUGGGUUAAAUACUGUCACAGUGUUCACCGCAACCGGAAACGUGAUUCAUAGUUUUGCGUGCGACUGUUCAGUGCGAGGCGUCGCCAUAACGAGAGGCGGGACGCUACUUUUGGUGGUCAGUAACGGAGGAAACUCACUUCUGCGGGAAUACACCAUUCAUGGGGAACAAUUUGCUAGUUACGGUUCCUUCUAUAGUCAAGAAAAUCCUUUCGAAAUAGCCUUGACCUCAAAAAACCAGGCUGUGGUAACCUCGCUUGGACAGAACUGCGUGCACAUUCUCAAUAGUCGAUUCAAGCCUUCGGUACGUUUCGGCUCUAAGGGCCGAGGUUCAACUCACUUUUCGAUGCCUUAUUAUGUCGCAAUAAACGCCGAUGACGAACUGGUCAUUGCCAACAGCGGAAACCAUCGCAUAAAAAUCCACAAGUUUGAUGGGACUUUCGUGCGCAAAUUCGGAAAACAAGGCUCGAAAGUCGGUAAGUUGUUUUAUCCCAUGGGACUGUGUGUUGACAGGUACAAAAAUGUCUUCGUGGCUGACGCCAACAACUUCCGGGUACAGGUGUUCAGCGCGACCGGAAAUUUCCUAGGGACACCGGUGAAGGACACGUUUGAGUACGGACUGGACGUCAAACCCGUCAAUUUAGCGUUCCUUAGAGAUAACGUUUUGCUUGUGAUGCUCAGAGGGUCUCGGUUUUGCGAAAUUCAAGCUUACGUUAUUGAUUCCGAAAAAUAUGCGCCGAAGAAGUCACCUAAAUGGACGGACUGCUUUUGUUGUUGA